GAUUCAUGAAUCUAGUUUUCUCCUGAAAAUCCGGUCUUAUGCCCUCUGAAGCCUGCGAUUUUAUGUUACUUCGUUUACCAGAUUUUACGCUGUACUUGCCGUGGAACAGCCCCCCUCACAGCAGAGUCCCAAGCCUGAUACACCGUUUUGUUUAUUCUCUAUUAUGCUAGCCGCAUCCAGGCAAGUUCACUAUGUUUAAAACCAUCCGCAACAUCUCUUGGAAAGGGUUCAAAUAUGUCUUCCUGCCGACCCUGCCUUUGACGUUCUUCCCUAUAGUCAUUGGCAUCAUUAAUGGAGUCCAUUUCGGUAUCUAUCAUGACCGCAUGAUACGCGAAAAUACGGAUAAGUUUCUCUAUUCUGUCAAAUCGGUCGCAAACGAUUGGGGCGUCCCGGGGUUCACCUUUCGCGACUUUCAAGAUACAAAAAAUGAUUACCACAUAAUGCGUAUCAACAGUAAUGAUUGGCUGAAGAAAUUGAACCUCAUAUUGCCGACGGAAUACACUGAUUGGGACAAUGUCGAUGCACCCAUAAAUCAAUACGCAGAUCUUGAACAGCUUGUGGCUGAUAUGGUUUGUCCAAACGCACCACCAAAGGAGCAGUGGAUCUAUCUGGCCCGGUACAGAAUCUUCGACAAAUACACUGAGUGGGGCCAAGCGUUUGACAAGGCUCGGCAGCACGCCUACGCGCCUUCGAAACUAAACGAAAGCCAUAUCUUUCUUGCCGAAUGCUCUGGCACUGCUGAUUUUCUCUGUGGUGUAUGGCAGAUAAAAGCGCCUGCGCUCUUGCAUUUUAAGGUUGAAGACGAAAAGAUUGAUCAUGAUGAUAUUCCAGCCGGGCUUAGCUACAGAGGGGAUUAUACACAUCUACACCCAGUUACCGCUCGGGUGAUCGAAUUUCCGCUGGAAAACGCAUAUCUUGAAUUGCCACCAAGCGUGUUCCCUGGCUACAACGAACAACUACUCUCAAUCAUGAAAAAGUCCGAACUUGUUGAGCAAUUCGACGAACAUAAUUUAUUCAUGCAAGAAAUGAAGCGACACCAAGAGGCUGUCAAUGAACUGUAUGAUGCCAAGGCUUCGACUCUUGGUGUCUUUGUGCCAUUAGAGAAAGCCACGGCGCUGUUCAGCGAAUAUACAGGUGCACCGAAAAGAGGCGAUUACAUAUUGGCACAGGAAGACCCAAACGAUCCUCUAGGUGGCUGGAACCCUAUGUCUGCUCUAUUUGGUGGAAUGUCAAUGGCAUUCAAACAAGUAAUGGAGAUGGCUGCGAAGAACGCUAGCGAGCAAAAGGCAAGAGAGGCAGUGACACCAUUCCCAACACCUCCAUAGCCUCCUGCCUACAGACAUCUGAUCUCGUCGACCAUUCUGUAUUGUGACUUUAGAAGAUUUCACGGCCGAUCGAGGCCAUAGUUCAGGCAUGCCAGUUCAAUGUAUCGACAGCUCGAAGUAAAGUCUGGGAGGAAGUUUCGAUC